AUGCCGCAAUCCGCCCUUCUUCUCGGCUCUGGCUUCGUUGCCACACCCUGCAUCGAAGAACUCUCCAAGGCCGGCGUUCACGUUACCGUCGCUUGCCGAACUCUCGAGUCUGCAAAGAAGCUCGCUGGCAGCUAUGCCAACACCAAGGCCGUCAGCCUCGAUGUAAACAACGCCGAAGCCCUCGAGGCCGCCGUCGCCCAGCACGAUGUCUCCAUUUCGCUGGUCCCCUACAUCUACCACGCCAAUGUCAUCAAGGCCGCCAUCAAGGCUAAGAAGCAUGUUGUCACCACAUCUUAUGUUUCGCCUGCCAUGAUGGAGCUGGACGCCGAGGCCAAGGCCGCCGGUAUUACCGUCAUGAACGAGAUUGGUCUUGACCCUGGUAUCGACCAUCUCUAUGCCGUCGAUUUCAUUGACCGCACUCACAAGGCUGGAGGCAAGAUCCUCUCCUUCAAGAGCUUCUGUGGUGGUUUGGCCGCACCAGAGAACUCGGAUAACCCUCUAGGAUACAAGUUCAGCUGGAGCAGCCGUGGCGUCCUAUUGGCGUUGAAGAACAACGCCAAGUAUUUGGAAGACGGUAAGGUCAUGGAUGUUAGUGGCGUGGACCUGAUGGGUACCGCAAAGCCCUACCACACUGGCUUCAUUGGCUUCAACUUCGUCGCCUACGGAAACCGAGACAGCACCGGCUACACUGAAAGAUAUCACAUCCCCGAGGCUCACACCGUCGUCCGUGGCACCCUUCGUUAUGCUGGUUUCCCCGAGUUCAUCAAGGUGCUCGUCGAUAUGGGAUUCCUCCGGGAUGAUGAGCAGGACUACCUUCAGCAGCCAAUCGCUUGGAAGGAAGCCACCAAGCAACUGCUCGGCGCCAAAUCAUCUAGCGAGGCUGACCUGUUGGCUUCGAUUGCCGGCAAGACAAACUUCAAGGACGAAGACCACAAGGCCCGAGUUGUGACCGGCCUCAAGUGGCUUGGCGUCCUGUCCGACAAGAAGAUCACCCCCAGAAAGAACCCGUUGGACACAUUGUGCGCUACCCUCGAGGAGAAGAUGAACUUUGAGGAAGGCGAGCGCGACUUGGUGUUCCUCCAACACAAGUUCGAGGUCGAGAACAAGGAUGGCACCCAGAACACCGUCACUUCUACUCUCUGCGAAUACGCUGUCCAGCAAGUUCUCAACGGAACCCUUUCAGAAAAGGGCAUUCUCGCUCCCAUGACUCCCCAGAUUAACAACCCCUUGAUGAAGGAACUCAAGGAGAAAUACGGCAUCGAAUGCAAGGAGAAGAUUCUCAGCUAA